AUGACUAAGUUACUACAACUGAAAAACAAUGAUAAGUCAUCAGCCAACAGCAUAGUGCUACUGGCAUGUGGUGUUGUCUGUAAUGUAAACAUUAUCUUGACGUUUUCAUUUGCAAUUAGAGUAAUUUGCGAAUUUGGUAAGAUAUAUUCAGAGGUCACCCUAACAGAAUACGAUGAUGAUGGUGAAUAUGAAGAGAUACCAGAUGACAAUUUUAGUAUUCCAGAAGGUGAAGAAGAUCUGGCAAAGCUAACUCAGUUUGUGCAGGAAAAAGCUGCAGAUACUAAUAUUUUGGAACAGAAUAUAAUUCUUCCUUCAAAGCAAUCAGAACCUGAAGUCAUUGAAGACUUUCUUUGCAAUUUCCUGAUUAAAAAGAGAAUGACCAGGACUCUUGAUUGCUUUCAAUCAGAAUGGUAUGAAUUAAUUCAGAAGGGACAGAUUGAACAUAGAAGUGCUAAGAAAGUUCCAGAUGUCUAUACCCAGAAUAUGCUUUUAGAAAGUGAGAACAAAGAGUUGAAGAAAGAAUUAAAGCACUACAAACAGGCAGCUGACAAGGCCAGAGUAGAUCUGCUGAAAAUUCAGAAAGAACGUGAUUUUCAUCGGAUGCAUCAUAAGCGAAUGGUUCAGGAAAAAAACAAAUUAAUUCAUGAUCUGAAGGGUUUGAAGUUACAUUACGCAUCUUAUGAGCCAACUAUAAGAGUGUUACAUGAGAAGCACCACACUUUACUAAGGGAGAAAAUGUUGCUCUCUCUGGAAAGAGACAGAGCUAUUGAGCAGAUAUCUGGUCUUGAAGCAGCAUUGCAGCAUGUGGGAAGCAAAUAUGCUAACUCUGUUCCUGAAAUGAGCACUGGAGACAGUUAUGAAAGAGAAAAUGUAAAAGAAGAUCCUACUCAGAAACACCUUAGUGAAGCAAAAGAACCAAACAAACAUAAGAUGAAAACAAAAGAAAAUAGAAAGGACUCAGUUUUUCCAAUAUAUAAAAAACCAGAUCUCAGUCUGUAUUUGUAUAAAGAAGAUCUUUCGCCUUGUAAAUUUGACUUCCAGCUGAAUAAAAUUUUUCGACUGCAUGAACUUCCAGUGAGCUGCAUCGUUAUGCAUCCGAACAAAGAAAUCUUAGUCUCCUGUAGUGAAGACCGCUUGUGGAAGUUAGUGGGCCUUCCCGAAGGCACAGUGCUUGUCAUAGGAUCUGGACACACAGAAUGGCUUUCAGACUGCUGCUUCCAUCCCAGUGAAGACAAGCUUGCUACUUCAAGUGGUGACGCUACAGUUAAAUUAUGGGACCUAAAUAAAGGUGAAUGCAUCUUGACCUUUGAAGGACACAACCAUUCCGUAUGGUCCUGCACCUGGCACUCCGGUGGUGACUUUGUAGCUUCUGCCUCCCUGGAUAAAACUUGUAAAAUCUGGGAUGUUAACAGUGAAAGAUGCCGAUAUACUUUAUAUGGACAUACAGACUCUGUCAACACCAUUGAUUUUUUCCCAUUCUCCAAUACUCUUCUCACGGGUUCGGCAGAUAAGUCCUUGUCUAUCUGGGAUGCAAGAACAGGUAAAUGUCAGCAGUCACUUUAUGGUCACAUGCAUUCUAUCAACGACGCCACCUUCACUCCUAGGGGCCACAUGAUAGCAUCCUGUGAUGCCUGUGGGGUUACAAAGUUGUGGGAUUUUCGGAAACUCUCGCCAGUUGUGUCUCUUGAUUUGGGUCCAAGUCCUGGAAAUGAGGUCAAUUUUGAUUCAACAGGUCGAGUUUUAGCUGUGGCGAGUGGCAGUGGAGUUAUCCAUUUGCUGGAUCUUAAAUCAGGGCAGAUUCACAAGUUGACGGGCCAAGAGAGUGAGGCACAGACAGUGGUGUUUUCUUAUGAUGGCCAGAGUCUGUUUGCCGGAGGCUCUGAUGGCACAGUUCGAACGUGGUCUUGA